GUACUGGUGGUAAUGGGAAGUUUCAAUGUGUUUCAAUGUAUUUCUUGUCUUUGUGUCCCAGGAAACCCCCAGUGCAGCGGAUCUGGAGCAGUUUGCCAAAGAGCUGAAGCACAAGAGAAUAACACUGGGAUUCACACAAGCUGAUGUGGGGCUGGCUCUAGGGGUGCUUUAUGGAAAGAUGUUCAGCCAGACAACUAUCUGCAGGUUUGAGGCUCUGCAGCUGAGCUUCAAGAACAUGUGCAAACUGAGGCCGCUGCUGGAGCGCUGGCUGAGAGAGGUGGACACCAACGAGAACCUUCAGGAGUUGUGUAAUCUGGAGCAGGCUGCUAUCCAGGCUCGCAAACGAAAGAGGACGAGCAUCGAGAACAACGUGAAGGGGACGCUGGAGUCGUAUUUCGGCAAGUGUCCCAAGCCCUCCGCACCGGAGAUAGCACAGAUCGCAGACGACCUCAAUCUGGAGAAGGAUGUGGUGCGUGUUUGGUUCUGCAAUCGAAGACAAAAAGGAAAACGAAACGCCUUCCCUGGGAUUGAGGAAUACGACAGCGGUACUGUGCAGUACAGUAGUAUCCCCACCAUGGCCCUCCACAAUCCCAUGAUGCCUCAGGGCUACGGCUCAGCCUUCGCUAGCACUCUCUAUGUCCCCCAGUUCCAUGAAGGUGAGGCUUUCCCCCAAUCAGUAUCCUCCUCAAUGGGGCGACCAAUGCACUCCAGCUGAAUUCUGGGGUGUAACAAAAUAACAUUUUAAACAUGUAGACUCGAGAGACGUCAAUGGGCGGACGCACUCCCAAAGCAUCAUGGGAUGGCAAGAAGGACAAUGUCUCAUCGUGCUUUUUGGAGGAUGGUGAGACUGUGUAGAGAGGUGGCUGGAAGGAUUGCCUGAAAAAAAACAAAAGAAAAAAAGUUAGGGCUUUUUGGAAAGAGAGUGUUUUUGUAAAUAAUAAUAAAAAAAUAUUUUCAUUUAUUAUGUUGCAAGGUUACUUGAAAGUAUACCCACCAAGGCUUAAAAAAAGUUAGCACAACAAUUCUUGCAAAUCCUUAAUUGCUGAUCUUUUAUUUGAAGUCUUACUCAUUGCUGCCAUGUUUUACAAUUUCUUACCUAAAUAAUGCUGUGGGUUCAGUUUUGAAAUAUGUAUCUUUAAGUUCAAAUGCUCAAAUACAAACUCUGAGGUAAAACUACAAGCAAACUUCAUAAGCAUUUUGGCCAAAACAUUUGACGAUUUUGACUUUAGUUUGCUAAGAAUAAAAACUUUAAAACCAGGUUGCUCCCCACUUUUUUACCCCAGUCAGUUACCCUCCCUCAGUAAUCGUGUACAUCAAUACAAUUGCCCAUGAAUACGUUUGAAAUAUAUCUGUGUUUCGGAUUUCCUGUUGUUGAAUUAUUGAUGUCUAAAUAUCAACUCUAUUAAAAUAUAGUAUUAAGUUUCUCUGA